AUGGCGACGGGACUCACACGAUUGGCACAACGCAAGCUGGCUGAAGCCACCAACCGCAAACUGAAGAACGAUAUUGAUCGCCAUGAGGCAGGACCACUCUUCCUGAUGAUUCUUCCUGGAGAAAUGGAAGGCUCUUACAUCUUUGUAUGCCGCAAGAAGUACGGUCAGUUAGCUCGAAACGUGUUGAGAGGGAUAGUUCUGUUCUUGAUUCAUCAUCUGUGUGAACUUACCGAUAUGCAAGCGGAUCGAGUCUUGGGUAAAUGGAUUCCCAAAUCAGAGAUCCAGGCGACGCGUCGUAAGUGUUUGGUAUGGUGCACCAACACGCUACGCGCUAUUGAGGCCUCCGAUCAGUCGACCAAGGUGGAGGAGGCUCUGGAGUUUUUGGACGAUGUGAUCGAAGACACUACCGAUGUCUACCAAGGUCAACUCUCAAUCGAUAUGAAUAUGGCGAAUGCCAAGGAUAUUGACAAUGGACAAACGGUCACAGGGACGCUUGAUGAAAUGCACAAACGUGAACAACAACUGGAGGAUGCCUUUGUGGAAAUUGAAGCUCGUGACAACGCCUUGGCGGCUAAAGACCAGGCCCUGGCUCAGCAGAAAGCCGCGACUGCAGCUCUUCAAGCCCAACUUGACGCCUUUCAACGUCAAACAGCUCACCACUUGGCCAUCAACUCGCAGCCACCUGCUCAAAACAAUGAGGUAUCUCCAGAUCGGUCCGAAUUCACUACGCCACCAAAAAAGAGGAAAAGCAAGGAUACGUCCACGACUGAGAGGAGCGUUGACAGGUCUAAGGCUGGUCGUAAGCCGCCCCCUAAGUCAACUUGUACCAGCACGUCUGUUCACUUUCAGCAGCCAAAGCAGCGCUCUCGGAACACGUCUCAGGUCCAGGUGGACACAACUCAGAUGGAGGGUGAUACUACUACAGCUGUGUCUCAGGACGAGAGCCUCUCAUCUCUGACAGCGGCAUCUCCGGGAGGUGUACACCCAUUUUUUCUCCCUUCUCUAUCUGGCAAAUCCGGUACUAGUGGAUCUGCUAAGUUGCCUUCUUUGGCCGGCCAUGGAGCGCCUCGCUCCGCGGCAGGGCCAUGA